CAGCGGAUCACCGAUCACGGAAAGAGCCGAAGAUAUUGGCUCGGUCAUGUGAUCAGCUGUGUGUAAUCACAGCUGAUCACUGAUCAUCAGGGCACUGAUGAUCAGUGUGCCCUGAUGAUCAGUGUAGCUCCAGCAGUGCCACCUGUCAGUGUCCAUCAGUGCCUUGUGUCAGUACUCAUCAGUGCCUCGUGCCAGUGCCCAUCAGUGCCAAAUAUCAGUGCCUACCAGUGCACAUCAUUGCCACAUAUCAGUGCCCAUCUGUGCUGCCUUUCAGUGUCACCCAUCAGUGCCACCUAUCAAUGCCAGUCAGUGCCACCUAUCAGUGCUGCCAAUCAGUGCCACCUAUCAGUGCCAGUCAGU